AUGUUAGAGUCAUUAGCUGCAGGUCUUUUGAAUAGGUUUCUAGGGUCAUAUGUUGAGAAUUUUGAUCCUAAACAGUUAAAUGUUGGCAUAUGGAGUGGGGAUGUAAAAUUAAGGAAUUUAAAACUCAGGAAAGAGUCAUUAGAUGCUCUUAAUUUGCCGAUCGAUGUUCUGUUUGGGUUUUUAGGGGAUCUUACACUGUCAGUUCCUUGGUCUAAUUUGAAGAACGAGCCUGUGAAGAUCAUUAUAGAGGAUGUUUAUAUGUUGUGUGCACCUGGAGAUAUUGUGAAUGUUGAUACUGAGGAGCAGGCUGAAAGGGAUUUUCGGGUUAAGUUACAAAAGUUGGCUAGACUAGAAAUGAUUAACCAAUCUAAACAUGAGGCGGAGAAUGAAUCCUCAAAAGAUGUGACUUUCACUCAAUCGUUGUUAACAAAGAUUGUUGAUAACUUACAGGUAACGAUUAGGAAUAUUCAUGUUCGUUAUGAGGACAUGAAGUGUACCUUCAGUGAGAAACCUUACACAAUUGGAGCAACAUUAAGCGAGUUUUCUGCAAUAUCCACAGAUUCGAACUGGAAACCUAGUUUCAUAUCAAUUACGCAGAGAAUUACCCACAAAUUGAUGAACUUAGAUUCUAUAUGUGUUUACUGGAAUACUAACAGUAAAUCUAUAUUGGAUGAUGAUCAAGAUGUUAUGAUUUCAAAAUUGAAGGGUUCGAUUGCAAGUGGUCACGACGUUCCGGAACAUCAAUUUAUUUUACGUCCUGUAUCUGGUACCGGUAAGUUAACGUUAAAUAAAGAAGGUUCAACUGAAGAGCAAGCACAUAUUGUUGCACAAUUGUUUUUCGAUGAAUUUGGGGUUGAAUUAGAUGAUACCCAAUACCGCGAAUUAUUACACACGAUGUCUAAGUUCCAUUGGUAUCAGAAAACUCUGAAAUAUAAACGGCAAAGACCGCCCUUCUCACCUUCCGAAAAUCCGAAAGGAUUUUUAAAGUAUAUUGCUAAUUGUGUGCUUUCUGAAAUCCACAAGAAGAAUUAUAUGUCAAGUUGGGAUUACAUAAAAGAGAGAAGACAAAAGAGAAAUGCGUACAUUGAACUAUGGAAAAGAAAGUUAAGGCUUGUAGGUCCAGAAAAUCCCUUGCCCGACCAAAAAGAUGAAGAAGCAUUGCUUAAACUUCAUAAGGAGUUGACUUAUGAUGAUAUUAAGUUUUUUAGAGCCCUUGCUAGACGGGAAUACGCAAAAGACAAAUUAAAGGAAGAAUCUGAAUCUCCAGAGCCUGCCCAAAGACAAACGAACCCUGGUGGUUGGUUUUCUUCUUGGUGGGGCUCUUCUAACCAAGCCAGUACCGAUGAAAGUGCUCUUUCAAUCACUGAAGAGCAGAAAAAGGAAUUAUUUGACGCGAUAGAUUUUGAUGAGAAUAAAGAGAUCAUGGAUUCGAUAGAUUUGCCAAGGGAUAGGGUUAAAAUGCGUAUAACAAAUUUACUAAACAAAGGAUCUUUAGUUAUCAAGCAUAGUUCCAAAAAGUUCAAGCUUUGUGAAGUUGUAUUUGAACAGUGCGCCGCUGAAUUCUUGCAACGGCCUGAUUCUUUCCUAGCGAAAUUUGAGUUGCAUGAGAUGCGUAUAGAGGAUGGCUCUCCAGAUACUUUAUACAAGCACAUAUUGAGUGUAAGUGAUCACCACAACUACCAUUCAGCUCCGAAUGAGGUGUCUGCUUCAGAGCCUUUCUUCCAAGUUGUUUUUGAAAACAAUCCUUUAGACGAAUCUGCUGACACUUAUUUGAAUAUUAAGUUAGGCUCCAUGUUAGUAUUUUAUCAUGCAAAUUAUUUGAAUCAACUUUUAAGAUUUUUCAAUCCUCCCAAGAAGCAUUGGGAUACUAUAACUGCCAUAAUGAAUGCCGCCGAAGCUACAGUGGAAGGAUGGACAACUCAAACCAGACUGGGUCUUCAGGCCCUGUUAGAAGAGCAUAAGACAUUAAAUUUAGUUUUUGAUGCAUCAUCUCCAACCUUCAUUGUGCCGUUAAAUCCUCAUGAAUGGUCUUCUCCGUGUGCUGUUUUGGACGCUGGUGAAAUGCAUAUGCAAAGUGAACUUGUUCCUAAAGAGAGAAUACGAGAAAUAACAAACUUGAGCGUUGAAGAAUACAAUAAAAAGUCUUCUAAUCAGUUAAAGAGACUAAUGUUUGACCGGUUCCAUUUGUUUUUGAAGGAUACUCAGUUCCUAAUUGGUCCAGAUAUAAAAUCUACUAUAUCAAGUUUGAGUGUUAAGCGCAGGGACAACCAAUUCUGUAUCUUGGAUAGAAUGGAGCUUCAAUUUAUUGUUGAUGUUUCUAUAUUUCCUAAAGCUUUGAACCUUCCACGAGUGAAAACUUCAGGUAAACUUCCGAAUUUAAAUUUAUACUUGAAUGAUUAUCAAUACAAGAUUUUAAUGCAACUAGUAGACAAAUGCAUCCCCAAUAUUGAUGAUUCUGAAGAGAUGGGCGAUGAUACGCCAAAUGAUGAUGAAGAAUUUCUGUUCUUGGAUGAUUUUAGGAAGCAGAGAUUAUCAGAUAGAGAAAAAGAUGUGGCGUUAUUACGGCAGACAGAGAGACGCUUAGCUCAAAUGACAACCACUGAAAUAAACCAAUCUGUAUUUGAACUAGAUUUAAAAGUUGACUCCGCACAACUUUCUUUGCAGAAAUGUGUUGAUGGUGCAACUAUGAAAUCACAAAAGCUCGUCCAAUUAUAUGGCAACGACUUGUUGUUAGAAUUUAAAAACAUGGCCAAGGAGAUGCAUCUUGAUUUACAUUUAAAUUCCUUGGAUUUGGAAGACUUUAUCGAUGAUUCGAACGUUGAGGAAUUCAAGAAAUUGAUCACAUCUUACAAUAUUUCAAGUGAAGAAACGAAAGAUCUGUUUCAGAUGAGUUAUCAUAAAACUCAAAGAAUUGUGAAUUAUGCAAACACAUUGAUUGAAGUAUUUGAUAGAGAUAUUAAUUUGACAAUGGCUGCUUUGAAGUUUGUUUUAACUCCUAAAUCUGUGCUGACUUUAAUUAAUUAUACACUUAAUACGUUUACGGAUCCCACUGCUGAACUCCCUGAAGAUGUUUUGAGACAUAACGAACCUGAUACAGUGGAUGCACCGGGGAAGAUCAACAUGAAACUUUCUAUGGAUGGAGUGACUGUGGUCCUGAAUGAUGAUUCGAUACAGUUGGCUACUUUAGAGUUAUCUGCCGCUGAAUUGAUACUAUUCAUCUUGCCUGAAUCGAUGAAGGCCAGUGCUAAAAUAGGUGGUUUACAGUUGACUGAAAAAAUUAGUGAAGAUCUACCACCAGAUUCAAUAUUUAGACAGUUGAUCUCUAUGCAUGGAGACGAAUUGGUUGAAUUGGUCUAUGAAACCUUCGACCCAACAAACAAUCCCCAUGAAUAUACUUCUAAACUUGACUAUAAAACAGGGUCUAUGACAGUCAAUGUUGUUGAGCAUUCAUUACAUAAGAUAAUAAAUUAUCUGGCCAAAUUUCAAAAGAUGAAAGGUUUAUUUGAUCGUGCAAGAUUAGCCGCUUAUGACCAAGCUGGAACAUUAGAUGUUGUGAAUAACAUGAAGAUGAAUGUUCUUGUUAAUGCACCUGUUAUCAGAUUCCCAAAGUUUGUUGAUCCACGAAGUGGGAAAUAUGAUGAUGUUACCUUUUUCCUAGGUCAGCUGUUUAUUGAGAACACUUUCAUCAAGGGGGGAAACGGAUUGAUUAAUAAAAUCAAAACUGGUAUCAGACGAGGCAAAUUUACUUCUUUGUUUCAUCUUGAAAAUAAAACCACUCAAAAGCUGUAUAUGAUGGACGAUUUAGAUCUUCAUUUUGAUAUCGAAAAUGAUCCUAAUGCGAAGUCUAAUGAUCCUGUUUUUAAGAUUCGCGGUUAUUUUGAGCCGUUUUCCAUUAAGAUUACAGAAUUGCAGCUCAAAUUCAUGUACUUAUUAUCAACCAGAUUGGCUGAAUCUUUUAUGAUUGAUGAAAUAAAGGAAACAGAUGAUAUGGAGUUUGCUGCUAUAAAUGCUAGCUCAGUAAUUGGCCCCAAUGCUCAAUACAAAGCUUCUUAUGACGUUUUUAAGGUCAAUAAGGAGACAGCGGCACCAGAUCCAAAUGGGAUAUUUUUAGAUGUUGCAUUUGAUGCGCCAAGUGUUUCUUUAACGUUGUUUAAUCAAACAAAGAAUUUUCAAGUUGUUGAUAAUCAUGGAAUCACUGAGAUUAAAUUACAUGAUAUUGGGCUGAAGUUGCACCUAACGCAUGAGAGUACUCUAAAAGCGGAAGUGCAUAUCGCAGCUUUCACGGUGGAAGACAUCAGAACUUCGAAAGAUAAUCGCCAUACAAUGUUAAUUCCGAAGAUAGAUGGUAAUAACUAUCAAUUUAUGGGCUCUCUAAAUCGCUAUACUGUAGACUCUACGGAACUGCUUGACCUUGCAAUCACAGUUGACAGUCCGAAAGUUAUCUUAGCAAUGGAUUAUCUAUUUGCUUUAAAGUCUCUCUUUGAUAACGCUUUCAACGUUAAAAAAUCAUCUACCAUUCCUGAAACCAAUGAGAGAAGACUGUCAAUUGAUGGAAAUAAUACAAGUGUUGUUCCACUAACAUCAACGAGCUCCCCAAGUUCUACCAAAUUACAAUAUUCAAUCAACAUUGUAAACUCACAAGUUAUCGUAUUAGCCGAUCCUUCAAAGGUCGAUUCAGAAGCCGUUGUAUUUUCUGUCGGGCAACUAUUACUAUCCGAUCAAAAUAUAAUUUCUCUGUCAAUAAACAAUGUUGGAAUGUUCUUGUGUAAGAUGGGUUCUCCAACUGAAGAUAAAAUUAGGUUGUUAGAUGAUUGUUCUUCUACCUUAAUAAUUGAUAACCGUGGAUCAACAAAAAGCAAGUUACUCACGGAAAUUCAGGGCUCAAUUGGUAACAUGGUCAUGAGACUUUCCUUGAGAGAUAUUAGAUUAGCCAUCUCAAUUUUCAAUAAAGCUAUGGGACUUGCAAAGGAUAAUGGUUUAAUCAGUGAGAAGACUGAAGAAGAACAGGCGACUUUAGCAACAAGGUAUGGAAGAUUCUCCAAAGAUUUCAAGGAAAAGAUUAAGCGUUAUGCACCAAGUAUUGUUUCCUCAGUAAGUGAUUUAUCUAGAGAUACCAAUACUUACGUUCCAACUUCGGAGGUGAUUUUAAAGGCGGAAAAUAUGGAUAUCGAUUUUGCUGGUAUGAGACUAGUGUUAAUUGGUGACGUUCAUGAACUUCCCAUACUUGAUUUUAAUAUAAAACCUUUUACAAUAGAUGCGAAAGAUUGGUCCUCUAAUGUAGAUGCUGUCGCUACUAUUGAAACAUACACAAAUGUUUUCAAUUAUUCGAGAUCUAGCUGGGAGCCUCUAAUAGAGGCAUUUCCGGUUACUUUUCAUGCUACGAAAGGAGGUGAUAAAGAUGCUUCAUUUUUAUUUGAAAUCGUUUCCAACAAAGUUGCCGAAAUCACACUCUCAACCAGAACAAUUGCACUGCUAUCUAAUAUUUCAGACUCUUUAUUUACCUCUACUGAUACAAAUUUAAUUGCUAGGGGGGCAGAGAAGCCAUAUAAGGUCUUUAAUGACACGGGAUUAGAUGUAAAUAUUUGGAUUAGAGAUGAUAACAGUUCAGAUGGUCGUCGCCAAUUGACUACUCUACCGUAUACUGCCACGAUACCUUGGGAAUUUGAGGAUUGGAGAGCUGUUAGAGAGAGUUUAGAUACUGAUAAUAGCAAGAAUAUCUUACAUGUGGAAUUAUGUGAUAGUAAUUAUAACACCAUUAUUGAUGUGGACGCUACUGAAGAAGGAGAGACACUACAUAAGCUCUAUCCUACUGUGAACGACGUGCAUAAUAGAUUGGUGACAGACUUGAAAUUAUGCGAAAAUAACGUCAAAUUAAUUACUUUAAGAUCAUCUUUGUUGAUUGAAAAUUCCACAUACACCAAGCUUCAAAUUAGAAUCGGAUCCAAUGAACAGAAUGUGCUGAUUAUAGAGCCGUCUGAAAAGCGUUCCAUCCCUAUCGAUGCUGUCUAUAAUUCACGUAUAUUUGUUCGUCCGUCAAACGGCUCUAAAUACAGAUGGUCUAAUUCGGUGAUAUAUUGGGAUUAUUUAAUCAAACGAGGACCUCAGGCGUUGUAUUGUGAAGCUAUAGAAUCUGAAACAACUUUUCACCUAGAGGCAGAGGCCCGAUAUCAUUAUCGAGAACAGUUAUCCAAGGCUUACCCCCAUAUGACUGUUGUGGUUUCUUCACCAUUAAUUAUUGAGAAUUUGUUACCCUAUGACAUGUCGUUCUUACUAUUUAGCCGUAACACGCGUUCUAAAAACCCAAAACUACUAAAGAAGGGCGAGAAAGUACCUAUUCAUGAUAUAUCACUAGAAGAUUUUCUAUUAUUUGCUGUUCAACCCGUGAAUGAGGGUUUUAAGUGGUCGAAUGAAAUCAUCAUCAAUUCUCCAAGGAAUGCGGAAAUCAAGCCUGAAAACAAAGUGCAGCUCAAACAUGACUCUGGGCAAAAAGUAAAUUUGAAGUUGCAUUACCAUAAAAUUGAAGGUAUGAGAGCUAAACUCAUAAGUGUAUACUCUCCAUAUGUGAUUUUAAACAAAACUGAGCGGGAUCUAUAUAUUGAAGGUGAUAGGCAAUGUGGAAUAAUGCACUCACCAGCUUAUAUUAAGGAUGGCAAGCGGUUUAGUAAACCAAAAAUAUUUUCAUUUGACAGGGAUGAUAGAAAUAAAAACCGGGCGCGUAUCAGAUUUAGGGAUAGUGCUCCAAGUAUUCCCACAUCCUUUGAAGCUAUUGGACAGGCUGUUGAUGUCAGUAUGGAUAUUCCCAAUAAAGAUAAAGAAUGUAACAUUGGCAUCUACGUUACUGAAGGAUCUGGUAAAUAUAGCUUAUCUAAAGUUGUGGAGAUCCAGCCUAGGUAUGUGAUAAGGAACAGAUUUGAUGUCGAUAUAAUGAUCACCGAAAGCGAGUUCACGGAUGGAGUUUCAACAUUAACACCUGGGUCUUCCGCACCACUUUACAAGUUACGGAAUUUUGUGAAUAAGCAACUUAGCGUAAAAUUUUUGGGUUCUGAUUCUGUGUGGUCUCAACCAUUUAUGAUAAAAGAUGUGGGCACCACUUAUUUAAAGGUUUUAAAACAGAGCUCGGGACAAAUUUUGUUGAGGGUUGAUAUCUAUCUAGACAACGCUACACUAUUUGUAGAGCUAAGUGAUGCUAACGACAAAUGGCCAUUCUCCGUCAGGAACUUCAGUGAUCAUGAAUUUAUCUUUUGGCAGCGUGACCCGAGGAUCAUUGAUGAAGAUGAAGAUGAUCUUGAUUACCGUUCUGAUUAUGAUAGUCGUGGUUAUGCUCCAUUAUAUUAUCGUGUGCCUCCAAGAAGUGUGAUGCCUUAUGCUUGGGACUAUCCAAGUGGCAGGCAAAAGAAACUUGUCAUUCAUGCUAAGAAUAGAAGAAGAGAGAUAGAUCUAAACGAACUAGGGAACUUGAAACCAAUGAGGUUGCCAGGUGCCAGUAAGUCAGAUCCUCCUUUGAUUGUCGAUUUCAACAUCGUCAUGGACAAUGGCGUUCAGGCAUUGGUUAUAACUAAUUACAAUGAAGAGUUGAGUUUAUACAAGUUGAGGCACCACCAAUCCACAUCUAGCUCCUUGUCUGGUAGCACUAACAAUGAACCAUUUGAAGUGAAUGAUAGUGACAAUGAGAUUAAAAUGAGGGUAUCUGUUGCCUUCCAAGGUGUGGGAAUAUCCCUAAUCAAUACAUCUAGGUUACAAGAGUUGCUGUACAUUAGCAUGAAGGGGUUAGAGUUAAGAUACAAUAACUCUGAAAUAUAUCAGACAUUGACCUGGAAGUUGAAGUGGAUCCAAGUGGACAACCAAUUAUUUGGCGGUAUCUACCAAAAUAUUUUAUAUCCAACUCGCAUCCCCAAUACUACAAAGGAGAUAAAUGUCCAUCCUGCUCUCUCAGGAUCCAUAUCAAAGGUCAAAGAUAGUACCCACAGUUCCUUGAAUUUCAAAUUUGCAACAGUAUUGUUGCAAGAGAUGACGUUACAGUUGGAUGAGGAUUUUCUGUUUGCAUUAAUAGACUUUUUCAAAAUUCCUGGAGCAUCAUGGCAGAGAGCGAUCCCAGAUGAACUCUGUUCUGAACUCUGCGAAUUAUCAGAGCCAACCAAAACGCAAAGUGAUUUGGAUGUUUAUUUUGAGAUGCUGCAUAUUCAGCCGACAUUACUGCACUUAUCGUUUGUACGUACAGAACGGGUAAAUGCAGACGAAGAGGAAAAGAAAGCACAAGGCACAAGUACCCUUAUGUUCUUCUUGAAUGUAUUAACCAUGGCCUUGGGUAACGUGAACAGUGCUCCUAUUAAGAUGAGUUCACUCAUGAUGGAAAAUGUGCGGGUUUCAAUGCCUGCCUUACUAGAGGUCAUCCAAGCACAUUAUGGCCAGCAGUUCUUCUACCAAUUGCACAAGAUCUUGGGUUCUGCAGACUUCCUAGGAAAUCCUGUUGGUCUUUUCAAUACAAUCAGCUCCGGAGUCAAGGAUUUAUUUUACGAACCAUAUCAGGGGUACAUCAUGAACGACAGACCCCAGGAAUUAGGUAUCAGUUUAGCUAAAGGAGGUCUCAGUUUUAUGAAAAAGUCUGUGUUCGGCCUCUCAGAUAGCUUCUCCCGUCUCACAGGAUCUAUGGCCAAGGGCCUCUCCGUUGCCACGCGAGACUCGGAGUUUCAAGGCCGUCGCCGUUUACAACAACGCCAACGAGGCGCUGUCGGCUUUGCCGCCAGUGCCUCCUCAUUCAUGAACACCAUCGGCAGCGGUAUCACUGGCGUCGCCCUGGAUCCCUACAAAGGUGCAAGCAAAGAGGGCGCUACAGGCUUUUUGAAAGGCCUGGGCAAGGGCAUCAUCGGCCUCCCCACAAAAACGGCGAUCGGCGUUCUCGACCUCGCAAGCAACGUCAGCGAGGGCAUCAGAAACACAACCACCAUGAUGGACGGAGGAACCAUCGACCGUGUGAGGCUCCCCCGUUACGUCGGCCUUGUUGAAGUCAUCAAACCUUACAACGCUAGAGAAGCCCAGGGCCAGUUCUGGCUCAAAACAGCCAACGGAGGCCAGUUCCAAUCCGACCAGUAUGUCGGCCACCUCGUCCUCCGCAGAGAGGGAAACGUCGUCCUGGUAUCCCUCUCCCACAUCCUACGCAUCAGCCUGUCCACCAGAGAGGUCCUCGAACAAGCAAAUUUCACAGACGUCGGAGGCGUCAGACUCUCUAAGAACGGUCUGCAUGUCGUCCUGCGCACCCCGCCCAACCACCAGCUGUUUUUCGCCUGCACAGACACAGAGGAGCGCCGCUACCUCUACAAAACCGUCGCGGUCGCCGUCAGUGAAUUCAACCAACGCUACGACACGGAGCUCUAG